UACUUCGCUGAUGUUCUGUGAGGUGAUAGUAUCUUUGAUUUUCGAUAGUUUUUCUAGAGAAUUUUCCUCGAAAUUUGCGAUUCGUCGACAUUCUCCAAUCAACUGUGGGAUCUAGAAUAAUAACCGCGCACAUCUGUACAUGCACAGACUUUAGUCAGGCGUUACGUCACUAGCAGCUGACUGCCGAAGUGAUUUUAAGUGAAUUUGAAGCAAUGGCGUCCCAAGCCUCACCGCACAAGCCGAAAGAUCUGCAUUUACCGUUAUCCCGAGUGAAAACAAUAAUGAAAAGUUCUCCAUACGUUGAGACCGUCGGACAGGACUGUUUAUUCCUUGUUGCCAAAGCAACGGAAUUAUUUAUUCACCAUUUGACGGUUGAGGCUCACCGUCAAGGAAACAAGAGUGGCAGUUUGGACUAUAAGAACUUGGCUGAGGUUGUGCAAACAAGCGAAACACUAGAAUUCCUUCGAGAGAUAGUACCGCGGAAGAUUACAGUGAGGGAAUUCAAGGAAAUGAUGGCUAAGAAAAAUCCAGUUUCAUCUGAUAGCAGCUCAUCAGAAAGUUCAUCCGACUCUGAUAGUGACAGUGAAUCUGAUAGUACUUCUUCACACGACGACGGAGCUAAGAAAAGAAACGGAAACGGGGAUGCCAACGUUUCCAGUAGUUCUAGUGACGAGUCUGUUAACAAAGAUGCUAGCAACAAGGAAAAUGGACAAAAUCAAUCCAGCGACAGUGAAGAAGAUUCAAAUGAGGGGUAGAAUUUUAAAGUUAGUUUUGAUAUUGAGUAAUCAUUAAGUUAGGUUUAGGCACUAAAAUCUGGAGCAGAAUCUGAAACAGUUGAAAUUCAACUAUAUCAAGGUCAAAAAAUUAAUUUUUUUCUGACUAGAUAUUAUGCCCAAAGAAAAGGAUAAGGUUUAUAACUAGGAUCAUU